CCCCACCAGGCCCAAGAGGGCAGCUCGACCAAUCUCUAAUUCCCAGGACUCAAGGACCUUUGACCAAUUCUAUUGAUCUGGACUCCUGGGCAAGCAGCUAGACUAACAGACGCCAUGAGGGCUCUCCUGUUCCUGGGGUCCCUGCUGGGAAGCCUGGAGUCAGCGUUUUUGACUCCACCUUGGAAAGCCCCUAAGGAGCAUAAGCACAGAGCAGAUGAGCACACAGUAGUUCUCACUGUCACUGGGGAGCCCUGCUACUUCCCCUUCCAGUACAACCGGCAACUGUACCACACAUGCAUCCACAAGGGCCGGCCUGGCCCCCAGCCCUGGUGUGCUACCAGUCCCAACUUCGAGCAGGACCAGCAAUGGGCAUACUGCCUGGAGCCCAAGAAAGUGAAAGACCACUGCAGCAAACACAGCCCCUGCCAGAAUGGAGGGACCUGUGUGAACAUGCCAAAAGGCCCACACUGCAUCUGUCCAGAACACUUCACUGGGAAGCACUGCCAGAGAGGUAAGGAGAUGGUGAAGCCAUGUGAGAGGUUGUUGGGAAAAACAGGGGCAGUCCUGGGCCCACUGAAGAGGUCUCUGGAUCCCCGGAGACUUGGCAUGAUCCUGGCCUCUCUUGAGACCACUGCCCUCUCCCAUUUGUCCCCAGAGAAAUGCUUUGAGCCUCAGCUUCUCCAGUUCUUCCAUGAGAAAGAAACAUGGCAUAGGCUUGAAUCGGCGGGUGUGGCCAAGUGCCAGUGUAAGGGUCCUGAUGCCCACUGCAAGCCGCUGGCCAGCCAGGUCUGCCACACCAACCCGUGCCUCAACGGAGGCAGCUGCCUAGAGGCGGAGGGCCACCGCCUGUGCCGUUGCCGGGCGGGAUACGCAGGACGCUUCUGCGACGUAGACACUGAGGCGCGAUGCUACGACGGCCACGGGCUUGACUACCGCGGCACAGCCGAGACUGCGCUGUCGGGUGCCCGGUGUCAGCCGUGGGCCUCAGAGGCCACCUACCGGAACGUGACUGCAGAGCAAGCGCUGAACUGGGGACUGGGCGACCAUGCCUUCUGCAGGAAUCCGGACAACGACACCCGCCCGUGGUGCUUCGUGUGGAGCGGCGACCGGCUGAGCUGGGAAUAUUGCCGCCUGGCACGUUGCGAACCCCCAGUCCUAGAGGCUCCUCAGUUCCUGCCUCCAACCCAGGUCCCCUCUGAGCACCCGGAUUUUCCCCUGCCCUCGCUUUCAGCACUGCAGAAGCCUCAGCCCCCGACCCCAGCUUUGGGCGCGACGCCGGAGCAGCCCACUCCCCUGCCGAGUCCCAGCUGCGGACAACGGCUCCGGAAACGGCUGUCCUCGCUGAGCCGCGUGGUUGGGGGACUGGUGGCCCUGCCCGGGGCGCACCCCUACAUCGCCGCGUUGUACUGGCGCCACAAUUUCUGCGCGGGCAACCUCAUCUCCUCCUGCUGGGUGCUGACCGCGGCGCACUGCCUGCAGAACCGGCCCCCGCCGGAGGAGCUGACGGUGGUGCUCGGCCAGGACCGCCAUAACCAGAGCUGUGAGCAGUGCCAGACUCUGGCCGUGCGCGCCUACCGCCUGCACGAGGCCUUCUCGCCCAUCACCUACCAGCACGACCUGGCCCUGCUGCGCCUGCAGGAAAGAGAGGACGGCCACUGCGCGCUCCCGUCGCCUUUCGUUCAGCCGGUGUGCCUGCCAAGCAGCGCUGCCCGCCCAGCUGAGGCCGAGGCCGCCCUCUGUGAGGUGGCAGGCUGGGGCCACCAGUUUGAGGGGGCCGGGGAAUAUUCCAGCUUCCUGCAGGAAGCGCAGGUGCCGCUCAUCCCUUCUGAGCGCUGCUCCGCCCAGAACGUGCACGGAGUCUCUUUUACUUCGGGCAUGCUCUGCGCUGGCUUCCUCGAGGGUGGCACCGACGCCUGCCAGGUGAGCCCAUGGGCUGGCUUGGUGCCCUCCUCCACCCCAUCAAGUCCAGACUCCAGACCAAGGGUGCUGAGCCACGUGUCCCUGACCCAGGGUGACUCCGGGGGCCCGCUAGUGUGUGAGGAGGAGGCCGCAGAGCACCAGCUCGUCCUGCGAGGCAUCGUCAGCUGGGGUUCCGGUUGUGGCGACCGCUACAAACCAGGUGUGUACACCGACGUGGCCAACUACCUGGCCUGGAUCCAGGAGCACACCAAUUCCUGACCAUCCAGGGACUUGUCUUUCCCUCCUGGGGGGAUUUUGGAAUGGAAGGGUGGCUGAUGCAUAAUCAUGGAUGGCAAGGGUUGGGUUUGAUUCCUCUCAGCACCACCAGCCUGGCGCCAAUAAAGUGCGUCUGAAAAUGUGUGAGAGGCAUAGUUCUUCAGGGGACCUGAUGGGAAAUGCCAAGACAGUAAACUGGUGCACUUCUCCAUACUCCUCGGGGAACAGGAUCUAUUAAGAUCUUAAACAAGGUAUAGAUUGGUGUCCAACUGAUGUUCUUUGAGCCAUACUGUGUACCAAGUCCUGAGCAGGGUGGCUCCAUAUAUUUAUCUCUUGUAUGAACUAACUUUUUAACUUUUGAAGUUUAUAGGACAGAGGUUCUCAAUCUCUACUGUACAUUAGAAUCAUCUGCGGGAGCUUUUUGAACCUGUGCCUGAGAUCCACUUCAGAUCAAUUAGAUCUCUAGGGAGGGGGUGUAGGUAGUGGUAUGUUUUUAAAACUCCCCAGGUGAUUCCAUGUGCAGUCAAGGCUGAGCACCAUGGUUAGAAAUGCUUCACAUUAAAACAGUGCUGUGGACUCUUAGAGCUGGCAAUGUGGAUAACACCCCCACCCAAACUUGCACUAGAGCAGUGG